UGAUGUGGCAGUCCGACCGCAUCCCCUGACCGGCUCGUUGCCUGUUCCCGCGUGCGCAACGUGACCGCUCCAAGCGUUGAAACUCAUUAAAACUCGUUCUUGUUGACCGCCAGGGAUGCCGAAUCAAGAGGCCACAAGGCUGCAGGGCGCCGCAAAAGGUUCGGGGGUCAGGACAUGUAAAGAUGCAGAACGAUUGUCCUCCCCCCACGAAAGCCCCUCUCACUUCUGCUCACGGCGCACCCAGACUGUCCGUGACAGGAAAAACUCAGUCUCUGACUCGACAUCUUUCUUCCCUUAUCCCUACACACAAAUUCUGCCCCGGCCAUGGAACCGCAACUGGACCGCGAGGUCUUUCUCUUUCGCUCCGAGGCCAAAUCAUAUUCCAAGACGACGACCACGUUCAUCAAACGCGAACUUCCGGACGCCGUCGGACUGCCAUGGCUCAAGGAGCGCUUCACCGUAGAGGCUGCGGCCCUACGCCUCCUCUCGGAAAAGACGUCUAUCCCAGUCCCCAGGCUGAUUGCCGCUGGCCAGGACGAAGACGGCCUUUGCUAUCUGGUGACCGAGUACAUCCACGGAUCGGUCCGCGGCGACAUGGCUGCGCUAGAGUGCCGCAUGCCUCAGCUGCACCUUUCUUCGCAAGCUGGUUCGCCGUGCGCCGUGUGCGAAGGCAUUGUCCGCGCAAAUGCCAAUCAGUUCGUUCGGAAACAGGUGUUACCCCAGCUGAGAAGUCUGAAGAGUGAGACGACGGGCCUCGGGGGGAUCGUGAUUCCGCCUCGCUGGGUUUCUGAAAGCGACACGAGGGAGACCUGGCCGGUGUUGAGUUCUCGUCAAGCCGACUUCGUCUUUUGCCACCAUGACCUUGUUCUACACAACAUGUUGUUUUGUACCCAGACACUGGACGUGCUGGCCCUGGUUGAUAUGGAAGAGUGUGGGUUUUUCCCUCCAGAAGUACAGCAGUGGAAGUAUGACCGGGCUGGUCAGUUCGAGCUAUACGAGAACAUGGACUUGGUACAGAAGCAUAUUCAGCUAAUCGGCGGCUGAGGAUGCACGGUGCAUGUAUAGUACAACACAGCUGAGCCCUUUGUCGCCCUUCAC